AUUCUUGUCCACAUAUUAGAAUAUCUGACUAAACUUGUUUACAGUUCUUGUAAAAUUCAUUUCACUGUCACACCAUCAUCAUCUGAAAUUCAAAAAAAAAGAAAAAGAUAAUAGCUGCAGCUGUUUGCGUCCUCUCUUUGCCACAUGAUUAAAUGAGGAAUUGUCUCACUCAGUGACAUUGUGAUCCAUCGUUCAUAGGCCAAGGAUGUGUGGUGAAAUCACCAUUUCCAUUCCCAAAAGGAAAUGAACAUUGUUUUCAGCUCUGAUGCAAGGACUCCCAGUUUUUUCUUUUCAUCAAACAGUCACAGUAGCACCCCAAAUAAAGGCCCAUGUGACUGCAGAGCCAACAAUGGGUGGCAUUGACAGCCUGAAUAAGGAUACGUCUGUGUGCUGAUGUGCCACCCAGCUGUCCUCUCAGGUAGGGAGGGACAAUGGUACCAGAGCUGCCUGUCCAUGCAGAACAUGUGAUGCGACUGAAGAUAUAAGAGAGGCUGGAAACUGACAACAACCCAAAAUCUUCCACCAACCCAGACCAGCAGCAAAGAUGAGGUUUCUAGUGCCAGUAUUUGUUUUCCUCGCCGUGGCAGCGUUCCACUCCGCCCUCUCAGCAUCUAUUGAGUCUGCGGAGAAAGAGGAAGCAGCCGCCAAGCACGAUGGGCUAACUGAACUGCAGAAAAUAGAUCAGAUGGAGUUUGAGGCCGCUCAGAAGAGAGAGGCCGCUCAGGUGAAUGUUACAGAGGAACAGAAUGAAGAAACCCGCUACCUCGAGGCCACUCAGGACGGAUCUGUGGAGGAGCAUGUUGAAGCCGGAACCGACAACACAGCAGGAGGAGGUGGGAACACUGAAGUAGCGGCUCAGGAAGCCACAGAGUCCCAGUCUGAGUCCUCUGAGGAGGCAGAAGGGAGACAGAGGAGGGAGCACCACGAGGCAGUGCCAGUGGCUGUGAGCAAUUUGGAUGAAGUGACUCAGGAUUCAACCAAGAAGGACCAAGAUGUACUGGAGUGAGAAAGCGCGGUGGCACGUGGAUCCCAACGCUCACCCAUCACCCGGUGCCUGAGCUGCGCCGAGCUUACUGCCAAUAAAAAGGGAAUUAUUCCACCUAUCUACAACCUCUCUGUGCUCUUUUGUCUCAUGUCAUGUGCUGUGACAAAAUAGGUCUGUACAGAAUUUCAGAAAUGCUUUUUAGGGACUUAAGGGAUCAAGAAUUUAAGGUUAUAUGGUUGCUACACUUUGACAUUUGUGAUUAUGAACAGAAGCUUUAUCGUAUAAUGCAGCAACAAAAACAAGCUCAACCCAAGUAUUUUCCCAUUUUUAUUUGUUUUUUUUGUCAUCCACAAAUGUGGACUAGAGUAUGUUGAUGUGCAUUAAAAAAACAAAACAAAACUUUUCUUUGGUACCUAAGGGAAAAUCAAAACAAUUAAGGCAACUACAGCAUCUAUAGAUCUGAUAUGCAUUAAAGUACUGCAGCCAAAUGACCACACGCUGGUGGCAUGCAACGUAUGUCCGCCCUUACUCACAAAGAGAGACCAGAUCAGCUCAACACCAAACCACCCGGUUAAGAUUAACUUCCAGUUUUGGGUUCCCGUUCGUCCUCUUUUACGACCUUCACAGACAGAUACAGAAAGAGGAAAGCUAGAGUAACCCAAAUGUCUAGGCAGGUGCAAGUUCCACAUGAAAAACAUACUGGGAAGUAGCCGAUACAAGGUGAACUGAAGGAGGCCUAAAGCAUUUAACCAUCACAGAUGAUGCAAUCAAGUUUUAACAGGAGACUUAAGGUCAUGUUUGGAGCAUGAGUUUGUGCUCGUUGACAUUCUGCCGUUACAUUUCUCAAAUUCAAGUAACUAAUAAGUUCAGGCAGUUAUUUCUGCGCUGAAUGUAGAGCCUCAGGAGAUUCUGAUGGAAGAACCUCAUCAUUUCCCUGCCAGAGGUGUGCUGACUUUCAACGCUAUUGAUACAGUAUUUUACGUAUCAUUCUGCAAGGGGUCAUCCAGUGUGUAAGAUUAGUGCUUCUACCAUAGUACAUUAUUCAGAUAGUUGUGUGUCAAAGACAAACACUGUAGUGAAGUGAAUGUGAUUGCCCAAGUAUGGUAGAAAACACGGUCGCCAACCUCUCUGAUUUUAUAGUCAGUCAAUUUUGCUCUUUAACAAGAGGAGGAAAUAUCUCACACUUUAGGGGUAACAAGAAAGCCAGAUGCAAAACAUCAAUUCAUUGAUAUAACAUUUGCUUGGGGGAAAAAUAUGCACAUACACACAAAUAAACUUGUUUUUCCACCUAAAAAUACUGCUUUUGCAUCUACGUUAUGUUCAGCACGUGUUAUACUGGAGUUACAUUUGCAAAAGGCUUAUACUGCAUUUCGAUUGUUCAUUUCUUUCUAAAAAAUUAAAAACAGAACAUGGUUGUAUAUACAUAAUUGCAAAGUAAAAAAAAAAAAAUAUGGAAGAAUGAGUAUUAGAAAAAAAUCAGUUGAUGCUUUUCGAUUAACUCGUUACAGAAUGAUGAGAUAUGAAAAAGCAAGUCAGAACA